UGGAGAAAGGGUCGGAGAAAAACAAUUUGUUGUCUUAUUGGGAAUAUAAAAUGUCUUUGGAAGUGAACAAUUUGUUGAACGUGUCUCAGGAGCAAGAGUCUGAAAUAGUAGACAAGCAGAAUGCAAUUGGUGAUGAUGAUGGCAAGGCAGAACUGGACAUUGUCAUCAACAAUGUGGUGUGUUCCUUCAGUGUGAAGUGUCAUCUCAAUCUGCACGAUAUUGCCUUAAAUGGCGUCAAUGUAGAGUACAGGCGAGAGAAUUCGAUGCUCACGAUGCGUUUGCGUCGUCCUUAUACCACGGCCUCGAUAUGGUCAUCGGGGCGAAUUACCUGUACAGGUGCCACAUCGGAGGAAGAUGCCAGGACUGCCGCUCGUCGCUAUGCUCGCUGUUUGCAGAAACUGGGAUUUCCCGUGGGCUUUCAUAAUUUUCGCAUCUACAAUGUGUUGGGCACUUGCACCAUGCCCUGGGCCAUUCGCAUUGUGCAGUUCUCGGAGCAUCAUCGCAACCAAGCCAGCUACGAGCCGGAACUGCAUCCGGGUGUCACUUAUCGCAUGACCGAUCCCAUUGCCACGCUCAAGAUCUUCGCGACUGGCAGCAUUACGGUGACCGCACAAAAUGUGGCCACCGUUGAUUUGGCCAUACAACGUAUCUAUGAUUUGGUCUACGAAUUUCGUAAUGAGAGCAGUCGCAGGGAUCUGGGGGAGUCACAGCUAAAGGAUUGCUUAUCGAAGACCCCGCGACAUCCAGCAUUUGGCGCUCCACGUGCGGCAUCUACAACGUGGCGUCCCAAGCCUCAAGUACAUUCGUACAUGAAGUUCCUCGACAGCAUUCCCAAUACUAUGCCGCCACAGAUGAAUAAGAAGGCUUCAAUCAACAAUACCUUAACCAACACUGCUUUAAUCAACACUACCUUAAUCAAAAAUAUUUCCAACAACAAUACUUCUAUCAAAAAUAGUUUGAACAACACUGUUUUAACUAACACUUCAAUCAACAAUUUAACCAACUGUGCUUUAACCAAUACAACUUUAACUAACACUGCUUUAACCAACACUUCUUUAACCAAAACUUCUUUAACCAACACUACUUCAAUCAACGCUACUUCAAUCAAUGAUGCGGAGAUGAGCAGCAGCAGCGGUAGUGAUAACAUAUUCUCCAAUGCACGUCGCCGGGCCAGCGAGCGUUGGGUAACCAAGUUGCAGGAGAAACAAUCUCGUUUGACUGAUCCCAGCUCCUUCGUCAAUACGACUGUGUUGCCUGCUCCUCGUAGUGUCUCCCAGACGAUCAAGAAACCACUUUUACCGCACAACAAGCAGCUGAAUACGAACAACUUGCGACGUCCUAAGGCGCUGCCAAGAUCUGCCUCAAUAUUGCCACCGAUUCCCACACGCCGCACUACAAUUGCAGCUCCCAUUGCCACUAGAAAAAAGCCAGCAGCAGUUAAUGUUAAUGUUCCUUCAAAUAUGCAAUUGGUUGAGACAGCGGACUCUGAGGAAGUCGCAGAGGAUGAAAUGAACUGGCAAAUGUAAUAUUGAUAUGUAAAUGAUCUCAACUUAUAUGAUGAAAU